AUGUGUUGUAACAAUAAUUGUAUAAAUACAGAAAACCCUAAUGGUAAUUGUGUUAAAGGAUAUGGAUAUGGAAAUAUAAUUAAUGACGAAAAUAUUAAAUAUAAAAAUUGUUUGGAGGGGAAAUGUUUUGAUCAAUAUAUUACUGUUUAUGCAGAAAAUUCAUUUAAAGCCCCACAAAAUUCUUUUGAUUAUUCUUUAUAUUAUUUUGAAGUUAAAUGUCAAUUUGAAAGAGAUAAGAGUUCAGUUUGGAUGAAUAUUGGUUUGAAAAAUUUAAAUACAAAUAAAUAUAUUUAUUAUUAUGCAAAUAAUGCUAAAAUUUAUAAUGAGAAAGAUGAAGCAUUUAAUGUUAAAAUAUAUUGGAAGAAUAAUGAUUAUUUUGGUUGUGGAUUAGUUUAUCCUCCAACUAAUAUGACGGAUAAAUUUCCUUAUGUUUUCUUCACUCAAAAUGGAAAAGAAAUUGGUGAAGAGAUAUUAUUAAAGGAUAAUACUGAAUCAUACAAACCUUUUGUUUGGCUAAAAUCUCAUUCUGUUGAAGCUAAUUUUGGAAAUGAUUUGGAGUCAAAACCUUUUAAAUACGAUAUCUCAGACCAUUUGAUUCUUAAAUAA